AUGAUGGCUAGGGCGGCCGCCGCGUCCACCGGCUCCAUGGACUUGGCCUUCGACCCGUCGCAGCUCUCCAUCUGCGUCACCAUCCAGAGCGUAGACGACCUGGAUGCGACUGACGUCGCACCUCCGGUUCCCGUGAGGCGGAUAAGGUCCUCUCUGUCUGCGGGUGAAGAGUCCGCUUCCCUUGCUUCCAACGAGAGGGGCGUCGACGUCGACGUCAACAUGAACUACUGCAAGGACGUGAGCGACGCGGUGCGGGACGCGGUGCGCGAAGCGGUGCGGGACGCCCGCCUGGAGGGCUACCCGGAGGGCGCGACGGUCACGGCGCAAGGCCACAUCCGUUACCUGACGCCCACCAAGUUCACGAGCCGGGGCACUAAGUACGCCUCGAUCACGUCGUCAGCCUCGCUGCGGGACGACACCAUUGGGCGCUCGGCCACGCUCCCCACCGUUAUGACGACGUGCGGUUUGCCGGCCGGCCGACGAUCAGGGCCACCCAGCCGCCCCCGACUCAUCGCGUGUGUUUCUGUGUUGCAGGGGGACCUCGUGUGGUUCGACCCCGGCGUGGGCCAUGUCCUGCCCGGCGAGGUGAUGGAGUACCACCGGCCUGCCCAGGUGCUCACGGUGCAGGCCGUCAUCGCCGGCAAGCCCCAGGUGUUCACACUCACAUCCCUCGCCGGCGUGCGGAGACGGCAGGACUUGGGACAGCAUGGCGUCGAGGACAUGAUUCAGCUCUCGGAUCUCAACGAAGCAUCUCUACUAUGGAACCUCAAAAUAAGAUACGACAGAGAACUAAUAUACACUUACACGGGGAGCAUCCUCGUGGCGGUGAACCCGUACAAAAUGUUCGACAUCUACGGCCUGGACAUGGUGAAGAAAUACGAAGGACAGAUUCUUGGCACGCUACCUCCUCACCUGUUCGCCAUCGGCUCCUCGGCCUAUGCGCACCUCAGCAAGGAGGGCGAGCGCCAGAACCAGGUGGUGGUCAUCUCGGGCGAGUCCGGCUCGGGCAAGACCGAGUCCACCAAGCUGGUCAUGCAGUACCUGGCGGCCGUUAACAAGUCACCCUCCAACCUCAUCACGGAGCAGAUCCUCGAGGCCUCACCGCUGCUCGAGAGCUUCGGCAACGCCAAGACUGUGCGCAACGACAACUCGUCGCGCUUUGGAAAGUACCUCGAGGUUCACUUCAAGGAGGGGGUCAUCAUUGGCGCCAAGGUGACCGAGUACCUGCUGGAGAAGUCGCGAAUCGUGACGCAGGCUCAGGACGAGCGCAACUACCACGUCUUCUACGAGAUGCUGACUGGCCUGACGGCCGAGCAGAAGCAGAAGUACGGGCUGCUCACGCCGGAGAAGUACUUCUACCUCAACCAGGGCGGCAACUGUGAGAUCGACGGCAAGUACGACAGCGAGGACUUCCAGUCCCUGCUGUCGGCCAUGCAGGUCCUGGGCUUUACCAUGGACGAGCAAGACAACAUCUUCCGCAUCCUGGCCUCGGUGCUGCACCUCGGCAACGUGUACUUCCACCGCAAGCAGCUCAAGCACGGCACGGAGGGCGUGGAGAUCGGGUCGGACGCGGAGAUCCGUUGGACGGGUCACCUGCUGCAACUCAACGUGGACGGCAUCAAGCGCGCGCUCACCACCAAGACGACGGAGGCCAGGAACGAGCGCCUGCUUACGCCGCUCAGCAUCGACCAGGCGCUGGACGCCAGGGACGCCUUCGCCAAGGCGCUGUACAGCGCGCUCUUCUCCUGGCUCGUGCAGCGCAUCAACAGCAUCGUGUUCAAGGUUGGCUUUUCUCGCGAACCCUGCAACUCGCUCUAA